CGCCCGCGCGCCCUCCCCCGGAACCGCUCGCCGACCGCGCGCGCCCCCGGAAGGCGGGCCCGGCCGCGCGCGGGCCAUGGAGGAGCGGGGCGCCGGCGGCUUCAGGAAGGACACCGUGGAUCGGCUUCUCCGCCUGAAUUUCCGGGACGGCAGGACCCGAGUUAACGCCGACGCGCAGCUGCUGGUGGCCGAGCUGCUGAAGGUGUUCGUCCGAGGUGAGCGCGCAGGGCCAUCCCACCAGCCCUGGAGCGAUGGCUCCGGCUCCUCCCCGGCCCCCUUGGGCUGCUCCCGGCCGGCACCGCUACAGGCCUGGCCCAGCGCGCCGCGCUCCUCCAGGGCGCCGGGCCGCAUCCCUCCUCCCGGACAGCAGCCCGGAGCCCCCGCUGACAGCUCCAGCCCCUCUCACUGCCCUUCCUUUUCUUGCCCUUGGGCUGCAGAAGCAGCGGCACGGGCAGCGCGGCAGGCCCAGGCAGAGGACCUGAAGAAGGUGGAUACUGAACAGCUGGAGAAAGUAUUGCCACAGCUGCUUCUGGAUUUCUAGAGGUUCCUGAAGCACAUGUUGCCUGUCAGCAGACAGUCCUGACCUGACACGUGUCUCUGUCCCAGUGUGUCUCUGAGGCUAAUGGUCUCAACUUUUCCUUCCUCUGCCAUUUUGCUUCUGUUUCCUCUCCCCUUUACUAAGCACAACGCAGCCCAAAGCAACAAUGGAGCACAACAAUGCUAUUUUUGAGAAGAGAAUGCCACGGGCUUAUUUUGUUCAGUUGAGUACAUAACUGGUUUCCAUCGUGCUGCCUUACUUCUAUAACAGAGGCCUGUAUUUCACAACAUGGUAAGAAGCUGUUGCUUUCUCAGCUAAUGUGAGAAAGAGGUGCUGCUUCACUGAGAUGCAUGGAAAGACUUAAUGGCUGGAAAUACCAUCCAGCCUUCAGGCUCUCCUUGCCUCAAGCAGGCAGCUGUAACAGCAACUCCAGGUGCAGCUCCAAGCCUUCCUACUGAAUAGGUCAUUAACAGGAGCUUAGUCACAGGCUUUUGCCAAAAGCAGGUAACUGAUCUUUAUUUUAUAAAUAAACAGUGUCUGUCCCUUGCUA